AUGGGUGCGAGAGAGUUUCAAUGGAGCGCGGAUUUGCUGGACAUUAAGCAGGUGAUCAAGGAUCCAAUUACGUGUGCGUGGGGUACGUUUUGUCCGUGCGUGUUGUUCGGACGGAACGUGAAUCGAAUCACUGAUGGCCAAACCUCGUUCAUGAAAGGUUGUUUGACAGAAUUUGCCAUGGGAGGCUGCUUAUGCUGGUGCUGCUGUCUGCCUUUCUACGCCGCUCCAUUCAGAGAACAGCUUCGGAGGAAGAAGAACCUUCCGAUGGACCCUUAUUCCGACCUUCACACGCACAUGUUCUGCCAUCCAUGCGCUUUGUGCCAAGAAGAGAGGAUUCUAGAUGCUACGGAGAGCUCAGCCAUGUCUGCUCCCACACACCCUGUCAUCAAUCGCCACCCUCCGGAAACUGCGAUACAUGUCGAGGAACUGAAAAAGACCCUGAAUGAAAAGAUGACGAGGAACAAUUCUUUCUGA